AUGCCAAACCAACGGCUGUCUGAUUCACAGAAAGAAUUGAAACCGAUCCACUGGUCGCCGGUACUGCUUUCGAGCCCAACCAUAUCAGCCAGCAGCGAGCAGUAUCUUUCGUCCACGCAAGUCAUCCAGGAUGCCGUGUCAAGCUUGCACUUCCGGUCACGUGACGAACCAAAACUGCCGACGGCGAAGAAUUACGAUCAGGAAAUUAAAGGUGGAUCGAUGAAACAUUUCAAGAGAAAAUUGGAGACGAAAGAUCGAGAUACAUUCAUAUUCCUUCUCAAAUUAUUCCACGAUACAUGUGUGAAGAGUUACGUGACCUACAUGCUGUAUGGAGGGACUCUUUUAGGGUCAUAUAGAUACCACGGAUUCGUGCCCUGGGACGAUGAUGUGGAUGUGUUUAUUCCCUAUGCCGAGAGAAGACGGGCCAUAAAGGCUUUACAGCGAUUAGGAUCUAAUUACACAGUCUACUACAUCAACAAGAGACUGAAGUUCUAUAGGACCAACGAUUCAAUAAUACCGAACCGGGAGUUUCGUUUUCCUUACAUAGACAUCAGUUUCUACAAAGAAGACAAAGAGUUCAUUUACGACUUCGAUACCACGUGGAAAAAGUACUUCUUCAAAAAAGACCUGGUAUUCCCUUUGACAAAAAGACCAUUUGAGGGGCAUUGGUUUUAUGCUCCAAGAAAGACAGAUGCGAUACUUGGCUUGUAUGAUCUUACCAAAUGCGCCACCAACAGGUAUGAUCAUAAACAGGAACAUCCUGAACGGCAUAUUCACACCCUGCCCUGUGAUGAACUCCGGCCGUACUUCGCCAUGGUAAACCGUACAACAUUGGCAGAUAGUAACAACGUGAACGAAUCAUUAACGCUGAAAUCAAGGGUUUUGUAUACUGUAGUAUACGACUUGAAACAAGACUAA